UUGGGGGAGAAACGUCUAGGGGAGGAAACGUCUUGGGGGUGAAAUUUAUAGUUUAUUCAUUUUUAGGUGUGUUGUUCCAUGAGAAAAAUGAGCCAGUUAGGGUGGAAGGCUAUGCUGAGCAAAUUGUUCCACUCUAUACAGACAUAGAUUUCAGGUCACAUUUCCGACUACAAAGGUCAACCUAUCAGGAACUCUGUGAAGCUGUGGCACCUUUUAUGGUACGUGAGCGAUCAAUGUCUGUGGACAAAAGAAUAUUGGCAACUUUGUGGAUGCUUGGGAACCAAGAAUCGUACAGGAGCGUGGCUGACCGAUUUGGGAUAAGUAAAGGAACUUUACAUCUUACAGUCAUUGCAACAUGUAGAGUAUUGUCUGCGAUGAUGGAGCAGCACAUCAAAUUUCCGGAAUCUCGGCAUGAGCUUAAGACAAUUGCCGAUGGAUUUCAGCAACGAUGUGGAAUGCCUGGUGUUGUAGGGGCUGUUGACGGGACUCACAUUGCAUGUCCUGCUCCAAUAUCGGAGCAUAGGUCCUCAUUUUUCAACAGGAAAGGGUUCGCCAGUUUAGUUCUCCAAGUAGUAUGCGACAGCAAUUUGAAAUUUUUGGACAUAUACACAGGAUGGCCAGGUUCUGUUCACGAUGCCCGUGUAUAUAGGAACAGUCCAGUGGCACAAAAAAUUGAAAAUCUCCCAGAUGAGUUCCAUGUGCUCGGGGAUUCAGCGUACCCCCUGACAAGACAUCUCCUUGUUCCAUAUAGAGAAAAUGGACAUUUGGAUCAAUUACAAAAAAAAUUUAACAAAUGCCAUUCGUCGACAAGAGUUGAUGUGGAACGUGCCAUUGGUCUAUUGAAAUGUAAAUUCCGGCGGCUGAAAUACUUGGACAUGCUCAUGGAGCUGGAGAUACCCGUCGUGAUCUCUGCUUGUUGUGUCCUUCACAACUUCAUUCUGCAGAGAGUCAGACACAGAACCUGAAGUGGACACAUUUGAUGAUAUAGGCAUGGAUGCCUCUGAGGCAGUGGGAGACGGGUCAGGCCCGCCCAGAAGCAGAGGAGAAGAGACGUGCCAUUGCCCUGGAAUUGUGAUGAGAUAUCCCUACUUCGAUAUGUGUGCAUAUGUUCAUGCUUAAUGUGUUAUUAACAAUUGGAAGCCAAUACCUGUUUUGUAGGAUGAUGUUUUUUUGUGGUGGACUUAUGAGUUUGUGAAGGUAAAACGCCUGGAAAAUAUUAUUUAAAUUCAAAGAGUAUUGCUAUUAUUAAGCAUGCUUUAUUGUUUUGUAUUGUUGGAAAGAUUAUGAGCAGAAUAAAAGAUCAAUAAUUUGA